UUUUGUUUGAAGCGCAUUGUCUCUCUUCUCUUCUUCUCUCCCCUGUUUUUCUCAAGCUGGUCAUCUCCAGAAUGAAUAGAAGGCUUGUACUUACAGUCCUGGCCCUGAAUGUUGUAACCAAUGAAAUCAAGGUAUCCACCUCCCAACCUCUCACACCAUCCAACUCCACUCCUGCUACCUUCAUUCCCCCUGCUCCCACCACUUCCUGUGUGUGUAAAGUCUCCACUUCCUGUUCCUCUCCGACCCAGCCCGAGUCUCCGCCACCUGCGCUGGGUGUUAUCAAGGUCAAAUGGGAAGAAAAGUCCUGUAAGGGGGACGUACACCUGUCUCUCCUCUCGUCCCAUUCCUUGCCAGUCUGCUUUAACAUUCUCACCCAUCGUAGCCUUCAUCGUGCAGGGCUGUGUAAGAGGAAGGGCUGCGGGGGCUCCCCAAAGUGGACUAAGAUCAAUCCUAAAGCUUUGGGUUACCAGAUCAGUACGAAUGGAAGUGUUGCCAACAACCCCUGUACAACACUGGGGAUCCAAUGUGAAGUUGUCUCAGAUCAGUUAGUGGGCUAUAAGGUGGUGACUGGUCUGCUGUGUGUUCUGGUGCUGGUGGUGCUGAUGGUGCGUUUCGGGCAGCCCUCCCUCAAGGCCCUCCGUAGGAGACUGUCAGACAAGAGGCAGAGUCGGUGGAUCGGACCUACGCAGAGCCAAAGUGUCUCCUACCAUAGAGGGAAGGCUGGACUCCAACUUAACGACAACACAGACAAGAGACACUCCUACCCUGGAUUGGAGAGGCUGACGGUGAACACCAGCCGAGAGCCUUCGUCUAACAGAAACAGUGAUUACGACUCUUAUAACUUGUGAUCAUCAUCAUCAUAUCCUUCAUCCACAAUGACAAUACACUGUACAUGGAUUUUUCAUAUUUUAUUAUAUUUUUUAUAUUUUUAUGCUAAUUGUAAUAUUUUUUUAAGCACAUAAUAUCUGUUUUUUUGGGGGUGUUUCUGUAC